AUGGAGAUAAACCAUAGAAAAAAGGCAGUGGAAAACUACACAAACCAGCAGAUUAACAAAUUAAAAUUUGAGAUGGAAAAGAGAGACGCUGAAAGUGAAAUCGACCAAUUGUUAUCCCAACUUCAUCUCACUGUGUCAGAUAUCCACGCCCUGCAAAAAGAGAUUAAGCAAAGCAGCUGCUCAAUAAAACGCAGCGUCGAAAAGGCUCCUUCAGUGCAAGCGGCCGAAGCAGAAGUGGAGAAGGCGAAGAACGAGUUGCUAAGCCUCAAAGAAGAAGGUUUUAAGCUCAUGGACGUGAUGGAUGCUAUAAGGGAAGAGAUACAGCAGAUUUAUAAGGAGAAGGAGCGAUCCAGCGUCAUCAAACAGAGACUAGAAUCCACACUCGAGCACCUGAAGUAUGAGCUCCACAGUUCCAAGUCCAAAUUGGAGGUUGCCUCCGUUGCUGAGAAGAGGGCUUCAGAUUUAGUCCUCGAUCUCUCGGCGGCUCUGCGACAACUGCAGGCAGAUAGAGAUGCAGCCAGAAGAGAUGCGGAGUUGACGCAUGAAGCAAUCAAAGCUUUGAGACGGGAAGUGAAGAAGACAGAAUCUAGUGUUUUGCACAUGGAAGACGGACUUCAAGCAGCAAUUGAAGAGAUGGAAGAAGCAAUAACAUUUGAGGCAGUUGCAGAGCAGACGCUGAGGGCAAUUACUGAGAGAACCAGUAGUGACAGAGCAAACGCCAUGUCUAAAUUUGAGUACCAUUUGAUAAAGCAAGCCAAGGCAGCGCAGGAGAUUGCUGGCCGAAAAGUAGCAGAAGCUCAAUCGUGGAUAGAAGCAUUGGCAAACGGAAAAGAUAGAGAGAAAAAAACUCGCAGAAAAAGUCUUUCCACCGGUUCCAACAAAGUACAUGUGCCUAAAAAGGCAGUCAAAACUAAGCUCAGUGCUCAUGAAGGAGAUAAGAAAAGGAGAUCUUUGGACUUGAAGCUUGCUCCUGCUGUCAAAAGGAGAUCUCUUACUGUAAGCCGAGUGCCAGAUCAAUCCAGGAGAGCGAAGAGCAGGAGGUCAGGAAGCUCAUCGAGAGGGCAGCCGAGUGUAGUCUCAUCGGACACAUGCUUGGCGGCCAGUAGAAAGACGAUCGUUCUCAAGCUGAUUAGGUUUCUCGGUGGAAGUGGUAAUUGA